CGAGCCACACCAUGCGAGUACGACUCGUGAAAGUGCAUCGCCGGUUAAUAUUUUCGUCUCCAACAAAAGAAAGCCUCUCUCUCUUAGUUUUCUCUUUCGUUCUCUCCAUUUUCUCUCGCAUUUCAAAUUUCAUUUCCUUAUUUAGAUUUUUGAGGUCGGCGAUUUUCGAGUCCAUAGAUUUUCGCUAAUCCGACUUCAGUUUUUCUACUCAGAGGUUUACGUUUUGCCACCUCUUGAUUCGCCGGUAACUUCACGCAUGGCCAGUAAUACUUUAAAAGAUUUGAAUAGUCUUCCAGUAACUGAGAAGAUGAGUGAAUGUAAAGCAAGCUUAACCAAGCCUUGUGCUGGAAAAAUGAAUGGAAAAUCUGAAGAUAGACCAUUACCAAGCUCUGCCUCUUUGGUUCCCAGUGAUCCUAGCGUUGUAGAAUCAGAGAAACCCGAGGCAGAGAAAGCUACCGUGGAAGUUGAAUAUAUUGAAUCCGAGAACCUGGAUAAUGUUGACGAUGCUGAUGAAGUUCUGAAGUCGGUUCUACCUGGUCUUGACUCCAAGGAUUGGGUAGCAGUUUGUGAUGCUCUUAAUAAUGUUCGUCGGCUUUCGAUAUUCCACAAGGAAGCAAUGCUGCAUAUGCUAGACAAAGUGAUCCCACUCGUCGUGAAAUCACUGAAAAAUCCAAGAAGCGCGGUAUGUAAAACCGCAUGCAUGACAUCUGCAGACAUCUUCAGUGCUUAUAACAACCAUAUAACAGAUCUGUUGGAUUCUCUGCUAACUCAACUCCUCCUCAAGUCUUCCCAAGACAAAAGGUUCGUCUGCGAGGCAGCAGAGAAAGCUUUAACAUCAAUGACCAAAUAUGUUUCCCCAACUUUGCUGUUACCAAAGCUGCAACCUUGUCUCAAGAACAGGAAUCCUCGGAUCCGUGCAAAAGCAUCAUUGUGCUUUUCCCGAAGUGUUCCCCGACUGGGCGUUGAAGGUAUUAAAGAAUACGGGAUUGACAAGUUAGUUCAAGCAGCCGCGUCUCAGCUUAGCGAUCAGCUCCCUGAAUCCCGUGAGGCUGCACGGACCGUCCUACUUGAACUUCAGACCGUGUAUGAAAAAGCUCAUCCUGUCAUCAAACCUGAGACAUCAUCAUCAUCAACGCUAGAGGAAGAGCAAAUCCCAGAGGCAGAGCCAAUUACUUGGGAAAUCUUCUGCCAGUCAAAGCUGUCGGCUCUAAGCGCACAAGCCGUCCUUCGUGUUACCAAUGUUGUGCCAGUGACUGUUCGGGAGGGUUUGGUUACUGCAGGUUCAUCAUCUUCAUCUCAGUUAUAAACCUUAUCUCCUUCAUUUUGAAUUUUUUUUUUUCUUUUGAAAAAAUCGUUGCUACGGAUCAUACGGUUACAUGGUAUUCUCCGGGCAUGAUCUACCAAAUUGGCAAAUUAUGGAUCGAUAAAGAGAGUGAAGACCGUUUAUUAAAAAAAAAAUCUUGAUUUCUUUCUGGUUAUUUUUCUUUCGGUGUGUUCUCUUUUCUUUUCUUCAGUAUUCACCAGUGCUUUUGUUUCUCUUUUCUUUUCUUAUGUGUAUAUAACUAUACCAAGAUUUGGUAAGAUGAGUCUGAAUCUUUUGGUUUAAUGCAAAUUGGUCAAAUUC